GGGUUGUCAUGCCAUUUGGCCUCACCAAUGCCCCCGCGACUUUCCAAGCAGCUAUGACGACUGAGUUUUGUGACUUGCUCGAUCGCAGCGUCCUCAUCUACCUCGAUGACAUCUUGGUUUAUAGUAGGACGUUGGACGAGCACAUCGUAGACCUUCGCGCUGUUUUGGAUCGUUUGCGACUGGCCAAGUACAAAGCGAAUCUCGACAAGUGCGAGUUCGCCAAGCAGGAGCUUGAGUACUUGGGUCACUAUGUCACGCCGAAAGGCAUUCGUCCCUUAGAGAACAAGAUCCAAGCCAUCGCGGAUUGGCCGGAACCCCGUUGCACGACGGAUGUACGCUCUUUCAUGGGUUUGACUGGAUAUUAUGAACGAUUCGUCGAGUCAUACUCGAAAGUGGCCGCUCCCUUGUCGAGACUUCAGUCCCCAAAGGUGCCAUUCGAGUUCGACGACGCAGCCCGUGGCGCGUUCACUACGUUGAAGGCAGCAAUGCAAGCCGCACUUGCCCUCCGUAUAUACGACCCCACCCUUCCCACCGAAGUGACUACGAACGCUUUGGGAUACGGUAUUGGUGCGGUGUUGGAACAGUGUCAUGAGGACGGUUGGCAUCCGGUCGAGUAUUUCUCCCAAAAGGUGCCUCUCGUCAACACUCUCGAUGACGCUAGGAAGAAAGAGCUACUCGCGUUCGUCACCGUUCUCAAACGAUGGCGCCACUUUCUUCUCGGUCGUCGGCGUUUUAAAUGGAAUACGGACAACAAUCCGUUGACCUUUUACAAAACACAGGAUACGGUCACUAGCACGAUCGGUCGAUGGAUGUAUUACAUCGACCAGUUCGACUUUGACCCGUGCCACAUUCCCGGUCCCGCCAAUCGAGCUGCGGACGCCCUCUCACGACGGUCGGAUUUUUGUGCCAUUGUGACCACGGCAUUCGACCUCGAUGACGAUCUGCAGCUGCAUUUCGUCAAAGGUUACAAGUCCGAUCCGACUUACUCUACGCUUUACGCGGAGCUUUCAUCGGAUCACCCGCCGGCUAGUCAAUAUCGGAUUUCCGACGGGUUCCUUCUCCUUCACACGAGAGGAAAGGACUUGUUAGUUGUGCCCCAAAAUCGCAUAUUACGGACUCACCUUCUCGGCGAAUUCCACGACGCACGACUUUCGGCACACCUUGACGUAAACCGCACAUUAGCACGCCUCCGCCAGCAUUUUCACUGGCCCGACGUCCUUCACGACGUCACAAGGUCACAACAAGGCGCCCAUCCUCCUGCCACGUCAGCUACGACCAAGGAGGAUGGCGCAGAUCUUCCUCUUGGAGACGUGCAUCAAGCACACGCAGCGACACAGUUAAGUCCGUUGACCCCACGCGGCUGGGAGCUACUAGAGCUCCAACAAGUCGAAAGGAUCCACACUCGGCUAGAGAGGGAACUGAAGCAAGCUACCGAUAGAGAAAAAGAGAUCAAAAAUAGAACAGCUAGGCUUGAUAUGUUAGAGGCAGACAAAGCUGCAUUAGAGGAGUUAGACGAGUCAGCAAUGUCUGACGAAAUGAAAGUGUUAAAGUCUAGCAUACUGUCAUUGCAUGCGCAUGUGGACAGUGGGCUGGAUUUCAUGCAAAACUCCUUGGACCAAAUCUUGGACCUUUUGCGAAGGCCAGGAUUACGGCCAGCAGCACAGCCGUUGUCAUUAACGGCGAUGUCAGGCCCCAUUCAAAUACAAGCUGGCACACAGCCAAGUGGUACGUCUGCAGCAGCCGCACAGACUGUUGCUUCUUCUUCUUCUGGUCCAACGGUGAUAGCUACAGAAUCACCACAACAAACUGUUCCACCACAGGGACAGCAGCAAGGUCAAUGGUACCCAAAGACCCCAAUGAAACCGCCCCUUGCCUUCUCCGGUGAGAAGAAGGACGAGGAACUCAACACUUGGUUGAGAAYVGUUCCAAUGUGGGUAAGGGCAAAGAGGACGUUGCAGGAGGAGGAGGUGAUUACUGCUGCAUCUUACCUUGAGGGUAAGGCAGCCAAAUGGCUGGAUGGGAUAGUAGCGAAGGUCGGGUUCGGACGACGCAUGGCAGACUGGGGUAAGACCCUUACUUUAGAAGAGUUCUUGGAUAUGGUAGAAGCUCGCUGGCAUAAUCCGCAGCAGACACAAAUUGCCACUAAUGCGAUGCUCGGACUAGACCAGCGAAGGUACAAGUCUGUCAGAGAGUUGACGUCUACCGUAGAGAACCUCAUCGUCAUUCCCGGUAUACGCUAUGAUGACCAGGUCUUAUUGACCAUGUUUCUGAGAUGUCUGCCCGAGAAUCUCAGGACCUUACUGGCCAGCGAGGCUCGCCUCGAGUAUCAUUCCUUUGAGACCUUCUCUAGAAAGGCCUUAGAUUUGGAGGCUACUCUAGGAAGUGCUCAACCUACUCCAGUAGACGGGAGGAAGAAGAAGAGUCCACAGGAGUGGAAAAAGAAGGGUACUAGAUUGAUGAUGGUUGAGUCCGAUGGGACUCAAACAGAAAUCGAAGAACUUAUUGACCUGAUGGACGGUCCAGAGUUUGACGGCGAGGAAGUCGAUGAGGGUAGCACCCUCGCCGCAGUAGUAAAGACUAAGGCAGGUGGCCGAGGUCCUAGAGGGGAACACUUCGUCGUGGAAGUUGCUGUAGGAGGCCACAAAUGUGGUGCUUUCGUAGACACCGGCUCCACGCGAAACUACAUAAGUCGCGACUGUUUGGAAAGGCUGCACCUAAAGGACCGGGUACAACACCUUUGUAGACCAGUAGCAUCUACUUUGGCCAACAAGGAGCGCAUGGUAGUGUCAGACUAUGUCAAGGAUGUAGUCUGCACCUUCUCCUAUGGAGGAGGGGAACUUAAUCACAAGAUUUUGUUCCUGGUUAGCGAUGAGUUACCAUUUGAUAUGUUGUUAGGAAUGUACUACCUUGAGGUUGCCAAGCCCCAGUUUGACCGGGACAAGAAGAUGCUAAAGCAUAAGUUGUCGGAUGGAAGGUCCGUGAGGCUGGCCAAGUAUAAGGCUAGUAGGUUACUAGAAUCCUAUGGCUGCUUGUGCGCAUCAGCGUUCUACAAUUACUAUAAACAGAACCAAGAGGAGGGUAUGAUGGCUCCGGCCGAGUUGGAUGAACUUCAGCGACAACUGAAAGAGCUGACAGAAAAGGGUUGGAUACGGCCAAGUACUUCCCCUUUCGGAUCUCCAGUGUUGUUUGUACCGAAGAAGAGGGGAUUGUUGAGGAUGUGCAUUGAUUAUAGAGGCCUCAAUGCCAUCACAGUGAAGAACGCAGAGCCUCUACCUCGCAUAGACGACCUAUUGGAUAGGGUGCAGGGAUGUAAGUACUACAGCAAGAUAGACUUAAAAUUCGGCUACCAUCAGAUUGCCAUAAGACCUGAGGAUCAGCACAAAACUGCAUUUCAGACCAGAUACGGUCUGUACGAGUUUGUGGUGAUGCCCUUUGGCCCUUGCAACGCGCCGGGUACAUUCCAGCACGCUAUGAAUAGGAUCUUCCAUGACUACUUAGAUAAGUUUGUCGUCGUGUACCUUGACGAUAUUCUUAUCUUUAGUAAGUCUGUCGAGGAGCAUGCACAUCACUUAGAAACUGUACUAUCUCUCCUGCGACAACACAAGUAUAAGGUCAACCUAGAAAAAUGUGAGUUUGGACGCACUAGGAUCUUGUACUUGGGUCAUGAGGUAUCCGCGGAAGGGAUUAGGCCAGAAGAUGCGAAGGUGGCUAGUAUUAGGGACUGGCCACGACCUCAGACUGUUACUGAGGUCAGAUCUUUCUUAGGGAUGUGCGGCUACUAUAGGAAUUUUGUGAAAAACUACUCCACGGUCGCCUCUCCUUUGACUGAUCUAACUCGACUUGAUACGCCGUGGGAUUGGAGUGAUGAGUGCGAGGCUGCUUUCAAACGAUUGAAGUAUGCACUCAUGAAUCAUGAGGUUCUCAUAGUGCCCGAUCCUCAAAAGCCCUUCAUUGAGACCACUGACGCAAGCCAAUACGGCAUUGGUGCAGUACUGGCUCAGCAGGAUGGGAAGAAGUUGAGACCGAUUGAGUACAUGAGCAAGAAAAUGCCAUCAAAGAAACUGGCAAAGUCCACUUAUGAAAGGGAACUCUAUGCCCUUUACAAGGCACUUGUCCAUUGGAGGCACUUUCUGUUGGGACGGUUUUUCUAUUUGAGAACUGACCAUCAGACCCUUAAAUGGAUCAAGACUCAACCUGCUCUUUCUGUUGCACUCAGGCGCUGGAUUGAGGUCAUAGAUCAGUAUGACUUCAAGCUAGAGUAUCUGAAGGGAGAGUACAACACGGUUGCAGAUGCGUUGUCACGUAGGGCAGACUACCUAGGGGCGCUAGUUUCCGAAUUUGGCAUAUCUGAGGAAGUAACUCAAUCGCUGGUGGGAGCCUAUCAGGAAGACCCUGUCACGAUGGACAUCAUACGCAAGCUGCAGGCAAAAGAUAAGGCCACAGAAGAUGAGUUUGUGAUGGUGGACGGGCUACUCUUUCUUGAAAAGGCCGGGUUUAAAAGAUUAGUUAUUCCAUCUAGUGAGAAUUUGCGCAGUUUGUUUUUAGGAGUAUGUCAUGAUGCAACGGGACAUUUUGGUUAUAAAAAGACCAGUGCAAACCUGGUACAACGAUUUUGGUGGCCCGGAAUGUUAGAUGGUGCAAAGAGGUAUGUGCAGACCUGUCAGGUCUGUCUACGGGACAAGCCCAAAACUCAAGCACAACUUGGGUUGCUGAAGCCGUUGCCCAUCCCCGCUGGCCCGGGACAGAUUGUGUCCAUGGACUUCAUGGAUACCCUGGUGACCAGCAGAAGCGGCAAAAGGCACAUCUUUGUCAUCAUAGACCGGUUCACCAAGUACGCUAGACUGAUCGCAAUGCCAGAAACUGCGAGGACCGAGCACGUCAUCAAGUUGUUUAUGGACAACUGGGUGCGUGAUUUUGGGUUACCUAAGACUAUCGUUAGUGAUAGGGAUGUCCGCUUUACAAGUGAGUUGUGGAAGAAGACUGCAGAGCAAUUAGGCAGUCAACUUCGGAUGACUUCCGGGAAUCAUCCCGAAGCCAACGGACAGGCCGAACAGAUGAACAGAGUUGUACAGCAUCUGCUGAGACAUUACAUCAAGCCCAGCCAAGAUGACUGGGAUGAGAAAUUGCCUCUCAUCGCCAGCCUGUACAACAACGUUGUGCACAGCAGUACCGGCGUCGAUCCUAAUCAGUUGCACUUGGGAUGGAAGCCUAGAUCAGCUCUGAACUUCCUCCUGCCUGAAAACCGACCUGCCGCAACCCCUGGUUCAAUAGAACAUGGGGUGCAGUACGAAAACUGCUGCAGCAAGCUGUCGAGCACAUCAAGAAGUCUCAAGAAGCGAUGAUUGCCUCUGAGAACAAACACACAGUCCACAU